UCAGUUUGGAGUCAUGGUUCCUGCAUUGAUCUGUUUUCUGCUCUUCCUUUCAGCGGGAUUCAUUUCCAGUUACCAAGAUGAUGGUGACAACCAGACGACAUCCAAUAAGAGCAACGUUGAUUCGCCAGAAAAAAUUUGCAGCUACUGGGAUAUUCUGCAGAACCUCUCUUCUGGCAGUAUGGCACAGGAAAAAGCCAAGUAUACCAUGACCAGACCUGUCACAAAUUCUAAAACAAAGACUAUAGUUCGCAUUGAGAUGGCUAUCUUUUCCAUUCUGGAUCUGAAAGAAGAAGAUCAAUCCUUCAUAGCAUAUGUUUGGUUUUUAAUGGAAUGGAAUAAUGAAUAUAUUCACUGGAACUUAGAGGACUUUUGUGGCAUAGAAUAUGUACAAGUUCCACGCGAAGCUUUAUGGAUGCCUGACAUCACUAUUGAAGAAAUGAUAGAAAAGGAUAAAGCCCCAAUAAGCCCUUUUCUCUACGUUGCUCAUAAUGGGACUGUAGGAUACAGGGAUGAUAAAGUUGUGAAGACCACCUGCAAGAUGCAUAUUUAUUACUUCCCCUUUGACACUCAGAGCUGCAAUAUUUCCUUUAAGUCUGUCUCGUAUGCUGAUUACCAAUUAACCCUUGAUCCCAUUACAAAAAAUGAAUUUAAUACCAAUUUGUCUAUGAAUACAAUCCAGAUGAAGUAUGAGUGGGAGUUUCUCAAUAUCUCAGUCCGCCGCAAAGAAGACAAAAUUUUUAACUAUGAUCAAGAUAUCAUUGUCUACACUGUAACCAUGAGGAGAAAGUCUACACUGUAUGUUGUCAACUUUUUGCUGCCUGUCCUCUUCUUCUGGUGUCUGGAUGUUGCCUCGAUCCUGAUGUCAAACGGUGGUGGGGAGAAGAUUAGCUUCAAAGUAACCGUACUACUUGCCGUUACAGUGAUGCAGCUUAUUCUCAUUGAAAUUUUACCUUUUACCACAAGCAAGAUCCCACUUAUAGUGAUUUACUGCAUCGGGAUAUUUUCAAUAAUGCUGCUAAGCCUCUUGGAGACAAUUUGGGUGAAUUAUCUGAUGGAGAAAGACUCACACGAUGAUGGCCAGAUAGAGAGUGACAACAAACCAAUAAAGGCCUCUUCCAUUGAGAUGAUGGAUCAAACAACAUCUAUGUACCAAAGGGGUGGAAGCAGCCAACUGACUGGGCUCCUGGAAAAAAUCUCAAUUGAGCUUAGAGAGAUAAAAACAACUUUACAUGGCAAAAAAACAAAACAGAAGGGUGGUUACUGGACCAGAGUUGCCAAAAAAAUAGACAAGAUCUUUUCUACUGUAUAUAUCUUAGGAGUCCUUCUGUUUUUAAUUAUCAUCUUCUCAGAGUGGCAGUCACAAUUAAAGAGACACUAAAUAUUUUCUGCUUGUUUUAAAAAAAAACCGAGGAAGAAAUAUCGAAGAAAACCUUGUAUCCACUUGCAGCUUAUGGUUCACUUUGACUAAACCUGAUUAAGCCUUAUAUAUGGUCCAUCCUUAUAUAUGGUCCAUCACAAUCCUGGUGACCCUGGAAAAGUCGCCAGUCCAUCGCAGUGCAACACAGAAACAAUUAACCAGGCACACACACACAUACCUACUGUAAGGGCAAUUAAGGAUGCCAUUUAGCCUAAGACUCAUGAUUUUGAACAAUGGGAAGAAGCUGGAGUAACCAGAGAGAACCCCCGCAUGCACGGUGCUGGAAAUUGAACCAAGGACCUUUUCCCUGCAAGGCAACAGUGCUACAAAUGGCGCUAUCAAGCAGCCCCCCAGAAUGUUACCAGAUGAUGAAGUUAAUAUUUUGUGACUAUACAGUUAUCAGGAAAAAAAUAUAUUUUAGUCCUUAAGAAAUAAGGACAAAAAACCCAUAAACAAUAAUCUUACAUGUUAGAAGUAUUUCAUCCAAUGAUGUAUCUGAGUUUUGAAUGUAUCAUACAGCAUGUAUUACGUAUUAGAAUGUAUUAGAAAGGGAAGGAAAUUUAGGGGUGGGUUUGACAGUGUGAAUGUUUAAGGACCAAAAAUGUACUUAGGGCUUAUUUAGUGCAUUUCAAUUUAAUACCCAAGCAACAGCUGGGGUACUGCUGAAAAAAAAUACAUGAAUGUGCUUAAUUUGCAUCCUACACCAUAAGCACAUAUAGGCAUUUUGAACAAGACUUAAAAUUAUCUAUCCAUUCAGAUCGAGCUUAGGUUGUUUUAUUAGUUUUAUACACAACCUAAAAGCGUUUGCAGCUACAAUAGUGGGCAAAUGACUCUACUUUUAAAAUGUUUUCCUGUUUUUUGUUUAAACUACCUUUCCAUUGUUAUUGGGGCUGUGUUCCUGUAUACCGCAUAAAAUCAAAAAAAAAAGUUCUUUUAAGUUUGAGUUUUCAAUUUGUUGACAAAUGCCAACUAUGCAGAUAACACUUUUCUUUUAAGUCAUAUAGUUUAAUGAAAGCAAAGACAAGUGGUAUACAAUAAAAUAUGGGUAAAUAACUAGUUUUAGUUUUAAUCUCAUAUUCUAAGUCUUUGGUACUGGUUGUUUUUUUUUUUUUUUUAUUAAGCCAUACUUGUUGCAGGAAAUUAUUAGUGAUUGUACAUGAUGUUAGGAUCUUUCAUAUACUGUAACAUAUGCAUCUGCUAUACAUACAGAUACCAAAAUAUGUGAUGCUUAAGUUAUAUGAAUGAGAACAUGCAUCUAUCAGAAAAUAAAGUUUUGUUUACAUACAAGAUUAUUUACAUAUUGUACAGCAUCAUAAUCACUUUCUUGUAGUAGCUGCUGUAGUUUACAUAUUUUACUUAUGUGGAACU